CAUUUCUUGGUCUCCGGUUUCCCGACGCUACCUAGCUUUUGCCCACUGGAAUCACCGACCCUAAUAUUUAUUUACUUUAGGUUCGCGCCAGAGAACUACAGGACAACAUAAAAUUCGUUGAGAACGAGGGGAAAAUUUCAAAACUUGAUGAAAAAAUAAAUGAAACGAGAGAAGAACAGGAAAGAGUCGGGGAUAUAGACAAAUUACGAAGGUGCAUGGAUUCUCAUUGAUAACUCUCAUUGAUAACUUGAUAAAUUAUACUAUAAUAAUGGAUUGCGCUUUUAUUUCAUUUAACAUUAUUUCGUUGCAUUUAGAGAGCAAAAUAAUUUGAUGAAAAGAUUGGAAGAAUACCGCAAGCAGGUUAUAUUUGUCGCUGACUUUAAAUACACCGGAUAGCACUAUCAGCUUUAAAUUGUUCUUUCUACCAGUCAUUGCCCCGGUGUUACUACAGGAGGAAGCCUAAACUAACUUUAUUUAUACUGGAUAUGUUGUGGACCAGUGACGACUCCAUACCCAGAGUUGACUGUAUAUAUAACCUACGGAGUAAAGGGAAAAUUGCAACGUGCAGUUACUACAUACGUAAAAACGCACAAGUUUUAACAAACCUGCAGCAGACCAAUGCUGUUCCAACAACUUGUCAACAGGAUGUGUUCGCACUGCUUGUUCCCAGCUUGUUGACAAGUUGCCACAAGGUUGUUGAGCUCAACAGAUUUGUCACAAGUUGUUCCGACAACUUGUUAUCGUCCUGCAAUUCAACAGCAAUUUGACAACCUUGUAGCAACUUGAUAAAAUAACAGCAUUGUUACAACUUGCUGACAAGCUUGCUACAAGCCUGUUGCGAACACAUCUUGUUGACAAGUUGUGAAAUUUUUACGUGUGUAGUUUAUACAAUCAUUAUGGUGCACGUUUUAAUAUUUUCUCUCGGGACUAAAUUUCUGUUGGUUUCCAGAAAGCGACAUGCGAAGGAAUGCAGACUGGCUAUGAAAGGGAAAUUCAGAGAUUUCAGAAGGAUCUUGAAGGUUCUUUAUUCAAAGAUGCAGAAAGUAAACAUCGUAAGAAAUUGAUUGAAAUUAAGGUUUGUAUAAUUGCAGAGUUGUAUUGUACAAGCCAUAUUUUGCAAGUCCAAUUCAAGUCACACAUCCUUUCUUCCAAGUCAAGUAAACUCACAAUACUUCGAGUGGCAAGUCAAGUGUAUAUGCACAGAUAGUGAUGUACUCCAGUGAUGGUUUCUUUUUUAUUGUUUUCCACGUUUUUAGACAACUGAACUAGCAAACGAUGACCUGGACAAAUACUACAAAGCUUUAGACCGGUAUAAUUCAUUAUUUUAAUUUUAAUUCCUGCCAGAGGGCCUAUAGUUUUAUUAAUUCAUGCGACGUGUCGUAUUUUAGGGCUAUCAUGAAGUUUCAUAGCAUUAAAAUGGCGGAGAUCAACAAGAUUGUCAAGGAAUAUUGGACAAAUACGUACAAAGGCAGUGGUAAUGAUUCAUUUUGUGAUAUGUCAAGGUUAAGGAAUUAGCUCUUCAAGGGGUCAGCUCAAGACACCACUUGCACGGAUCUUAACCCGAGUCCAAGACUUUGCCCGAUUUUGAGGGAGAGGUGUGGUGGGGAGAGGUGUGGUGGGGAGAGGUGUGGAGGGGAGAGGUGUGAAGGGGAGAGGUGUGAAGGGGAGAGGUGUGAAGGGGAGAGGUGUGAAGGGGAGAGGUGUGAAGGGGAGAGCUGUGGAGGGGAGAGGUGUGGAGGGGAGAGGUGUGGAGGGGAGAGGUGUGGAGGGGAGAGGUGCAGACAGGGGAGGUGUGGAGGGGAGAGGUGCAGACAGGGGAGGUGUGGAGAGGGGAGUUGUGGAAAUGGGAGGUGAGUUUUGCACCUCCCAAAAGACUGUAUCAGAUAAAUGGCCUAUUGUGUUUCAUAGAUAUUGAUACAAUCGAAAUACGUUCUGAUGAAGACCCAGAAAAUUCGUCCAUAACAAGUCGCAGAAGUUACAACUACAAGGCAAGUCACUGACAGAUAUCAAGAGGCCGUUCAGAUGAACCUGGUAACCGAGGUGCCCUUUCACAUUUUUAACAUUUUUAAUAUUCCAUUUCAGGUGGUAAUGAUAAAAGGUGACGUAGCAUUGGACAUGCGUGGUAGAUGCAGCGCUGGUCAAAAGGUUCUUGCGUCGUUGAUCAUAAGACUGGCACUAGCGGAAACAUUUUGUCUCAAUUGUGGAGUCUUGACACUCGAUGAACCAACUACCAAUCUUGAUGAAGAAAAUAUUGAAAGUCUUGCACACCAAUUGGCUAGGUGGGUGCUUAUAUCAACACUGGUCUGAAAAGACACUGGAUAGAGAGUGUCCUUUUCAAUACCGGCAGCAUCGGGUAAAAUGUUGGUAAUUUACCAUGAAACCGAAAAAUGUUUCCUUUGUCUUUUUUAUGUGUUAAGAAAUUGUGAAACAGGAGAAUUACAGGACAUGCAAAGUCAGCUUUGCUAUUCUAAGGCCCCGUUUACAUGAGAGCGGAACAAAGUGAAACCGGGACCAUUUCGUUUCGGUCAUAGUAUUAUUUAUAAUAGAUGUUUACAUGAGACUGGGACCAAAAUAACUCAGACCGCUCUCAAGUCAUUCCGCCUGCUGGACCGAGCCAACUGACUUCAGACCGGGAGGAAUUCAGACUAGGAUGAAUGUAAACACAAAUACAUUUCAGACGGGUCUCGGCUGUAGCCUUGACAUUGGAACAGCACAUGCUAAUAAAAGCCAUCUAAAAAAGAGAAUUGCCUAGCAAGGGGAAUGAAUUGAAAAUUUUGUGAUUUUCGUACCGGUCUCAUGUAAAACAUGUUGAGAAUUUCAAUUUUCAUUCUGGUUUGACUUCGUCCCGGUUUCAUGUAAACGCGGCCUAAAUAGGCUGUGCUUCGAUUAUUUGUCUAAUUAUGUAUCUACAUACUUUCGAAUUAUGUACUAUUGUUGGCUCAAAAAAAUCUUUGAAUGUGAUCAUCCAGAAUAUUCGCAGAAAAUGUUUUGUUCUGUUACAGUGAUCACAGAGAGAACAUGUUCCAGGCUCGCUCCAAACCCUUACUCACACUUAACUAGGCGAAUGUUUUACUUUUUAGCAUUGUUCAAACUCGAAACCCUCAGAAGAAUUUCCAAUUGGUUGUCAUCACUCAUGAUGAACAUUUUGUUGACUUGCUGAGCCAGGCAGACUUUGUUGAAUAUUAUUACCGCGUUGCCAAGGACGAGCGGUAAGGUUGACAACUGGUUUUAAACUUAUGAGUUGAUACCAUACACUAUAUAACCUAACACAAUGUAACCUAUACGCUCUGUUAACAAACCGGAAAACUUAAUGUUUCCUCAAAUUGUCUAUAGGAAACAAUGUUUCUUGGUUUGCCCACCUUUAGGAAACAAUGUUUUCUAAUCUUUGGGGGACAUGGCUAGGAAACAAUGUUUUCUGGUUUGUCCACCUUUGGGAAACAUGGCCAGGAAACAAUGUUUCAUGAUUUGUCCACCUUUAGGAAACAUGGUUAGGAAUUUCAUGGUUUGUCCACCUUUGGGAAACAAUGUUUCCUGGUUUGUCCACCUUUGGGAAACAUGGUUAGGAAACAAUGUUUUCUGGUUUGUCCACCUUUAGGAAACAUGGUUAGGAAACAAUGUUUUCUGGUUUGUCCACCUUUGGGAAACAUGGCUAGGAAACAAUGUUUCCUGGUUUGUCCACCUUUGGGAAACAUGGCUAGGAAACAAUGUUUCCUGGUUUGUCCACCUUCGGGAAACAUGGCUAGGAAACAAUGUUUUCUAAUCUUUGGGAAACAUGGCUAGGAAACAAUGUUUCCUGGUUUGUCCACCUUUGGGAAACAUGGCUAGGAAACAAUGUUUCCUGGUUUGUCCAUCUUUGGGAAACAUGGAUAGGAAACAAUGUUUCCUGGUUUGUCCACCUUUGGGAAACAUGGCUAGGAAACAAUGUUUCCUGGUUUGUGUUUUGGAAACUAGGAAACAAUCUUUGGGAAACAUGGCUAGGAAACAAUGUUUCCUGGUUUGUCCACCUUUGGGAAACAUGGUUAGGAAACAAUGUUUCCUGGUUUGUCCACCUUUGGGAAACAUGGCUAGGAAACAAUGUUUCCUGGUUUGUCCACCUUUAGGAAACAUGGUUAGGAAACAAUGUUUCAUGGUUUGUCCACCUUUGGGAAACAUGGCUAGGAAACAAUGUUUCCUGGUUUGUCCACCUUUGGGAAACAUGGCUAGGAAUGUUUCCUGGUUUGCCCACCUUUGGGAAACAUGGCCAGGAAACAAUGUUUCCUGGUUUUGCCAACCUUCGCCACUCGCAUGACUAUAGAAAAUGAUGAUACGAUGUAAAAUGUAUGGCUUUUUUUAUUGAAAUUGUCAUUUAUAUUUUCUAGUGGUAUCUCAAGAAUCUACAAGCAAAGUACUUCAGGAGUUGAGUUGAAUCCUUAGACCGUUUGUGCAACUAAAGAUUGUUGUAUCGUACCAAAAUGUUUUGUUGAGAAUCGAAAUGAGGGAUAAUUUUAUCUCAUACAGAAACAUUCAUAUUAAAUAGGCUGUUCAAAACAAUGUUUGCUAAAAGACCUUUGUCUUUAAAAUAGACAUUAAAGUAUAUUUUGUUAUGUUAUUUGUUAAUGUAUUAAAAAUACAUAAAGUUAGAAAAAUAAAAUAAUAUAAACUAG